CGCAUGCUUAAAAGUAGUGACGAAAGACCACAACAAUGGCGGCCAACAGAGAAGAAAUUCUUGCAGAUUUUCAGGCGUGUACAGGAAUUGAGAACUUUGAAGAAUGUUUAGCCCAUCUUGAACAGAACCAAUGGGAUUUACAGCGAGCUGUGGUGUCCGUUAUGGGAGCCCAAGAACCAGAAUCGGUACCGGACUCGAUGCCAGAGGAACUACCACCAGCACCUACUGUCCAGGGGCUUAUGCCGAGCGUAGUUCAAUUCAGUGGAGUAACACCCUGCACCUCAGUCCCUCGAGCCUUCGAACCUCACCGCUCACGGAGUCCUCCUCCACCAAGCAGAGUCCGUAUGCUGGAGUUUAAUAUCGCCUACCAAGAUACAAACACAGAACUAGUCGUGGAAGACUUCAGAACUGUCGGUACAGUAAAGGAGCUAUUAUCAGCCAGUUUGAAUAUCCCAGCAGAGAAGAUGAUGAUUGGAGGAUGGGGACAUGCUAAACCGGCACCAAGCGAUUCAGAAAUCUUGUCCACAUUGGAAUUACCGCUCAAGAACGUAUUGUAUGUACUCACACCGGGUGUGCCAACAACCGGCACUGACCAGGCCAAUGGGCAAGAGCCAAGCUACUCGGAAAAACUGACACGUUCCUUUGAGUUGAUAAUCACCGACACAGAUUUAUCGCAAGAGUACAGACUACGCUACGAAGGCUGCAAAACAAUCUUAAAUGUAAAACAGGGAAUUAGUGCAUUAACAAAUGUAUCGGUCAGGCAUCAACAGUGGAGGGGAUGGCCAGAUGAGAGCGAUUCGUUAACGCUAGCGGCCUCUGGAAUAUCCUUCCCUAAUCAUAACUUAUUCUUCUGUCGACCACAGAACCACAAUAAGACAGAUCAGCCUACGACGUCAAGAGAAGGUGUUAAUAUAAGCGACAGUGAAGAUGACGUGCCUGAGAUGGACAUCGAUGAUACCACCAUCUUCAGUAAUGAAUAUUCAUCAAGAAAGUUUGAACCAUUAUUACCAGCGGAUAUUGAAAAUGAAACAGACGGCUUGAUCCAAUUCAGUCAUGAAUUCAGCUCAAGGUAUGGGGAGACCCACCCUCAGUUUUAUAUGGGUCCAUUAGAGGAUGCAGUCAGGGAGGCAUUCAGUGGCGCAGCAAUAGAGAGGAAAUUGUUAGCCAUCUACAUCCACAGCGAUAAAAGUGUCCAGAGCAACGUCUUCUGUAGUCAACUCCUCUGCGCAGAGAGCAUUGUCAAUUUCCUAACGCAAAACUUUGUAACGUGGGCGUGGGAUGUCACAGCUGAGGAGAACAAGGAGAGAUUGCUUAACACCUGUACAAAGCUGUUUGGCAGCGUCACCACGGCGACAGUUCGUAAUUUAAACCAAGAUAAAUUUCCUUUGUUACUAAUUGUAAUGAGGAUACGAUCCAACACAGAAGUCUUCUCAGUUCUUCAAGGCAAUACCGGUAUAGAUGAAAUGAUGACCAGCUUAAUCCAUGCAGUGGAUAUGUUCACAGAGCAACGACAAACAGAGAUUGAACAAGAAAAUGAUAGAAGAGCUGCUGAGCAGCUAAAGCAAGAACAAGAUGCUGCUUACCAAGCUUCCUUAAUGGCAGACAGGGCUAAGGAGCAAGAAAGAAUAAAGCAAGAGAAGGAAGAUCAAAGAUUGAAGGAACAGGAAGAACAAGAAAUCAGAGAACGAGAGGCAGAACAAAAGGCCUUGUUGCAAUCACUUGAACAGCAGCUAGCUAACGAGCCGAGUGAGGACUGUCCAGAUCCAAUGACCACACUCAGGAUGCGUGUCCCAAGCGGUGACAUGCUGACCAGACGAUUCUUAGCUGAUCAAGCCAUCAGAAUGGUCCUGGUAUACCUAGGCACUAAAGGCUACCAUACUGAGCAAUAUAAAGUGCUGACAACCUUCCCAAAGAAAGAUUUGACAUUGUUAGAUUCUACUGAGACGCUUAAAGGGCUCGGCCUAUGCCCACAGGAGACGCUGUUUAUUGAAGAACGUUAAGUAAUCCCUCCCACCAAUCGCCAUCAAACAAAUCUUUGCAUCAAUCAACCCAUCAUACAGAGGAAGCAGUCAGGGUACUAUACUAGUCAAAAUCAAUUCUGAUGGCCAGAUUUCAGAAAAAUUGCUGCCCCUUUUUCUUUUUGCUGAGCCAUAAAGAGCUGUGAACCAACCAUGAGUGGGAACAAUACACUUUAUUUUGGCUUAUAACCCAUUUCUGCUUUGAACAACUUUUCUUUGCUGACCAAUUCUUGUGCUUUAGUGGCAGAUUGGGCUGCUUCAGAUCCCUAAACUUAUGUUGCUAAAUGUUAUACACUAUUGAGGAUGUCUUUCUAUACUUCAGCAUUAACAUUGGCAUAGUUUGUUACCCAACCCUAUCCGGAGGAUGAAGUCAUUAUGUCAAACUUGAACGCAUUUACUUUAUGCUAAAGGAUUUAGCUACUUCUGACUCCAAAGCUGGCAUACAUCAUGAUUCACUCUAAGAGAAGGAAAGUAUUGUAAGCACUCAAACACUAACUAAUGACAGUAAAAAACUGCAUGAGCUUUCGGUGCAACAACUGAGACAUCACAUCUUGGCGGCCAUUUUCUUUCUAUUAAAAGUAUUGGCGGUUAUGCUCAGCCACAAAUUGUGAUGCCCUACUCCAAAAUCAAGCAUUUCUUGGAUAAAGUGACAUGGCAUUAAACAAUAAGACAGCCUAAGCAACAUCAGUCAUGAUAUCAAUGUGAUGUGAUGUCUUAAACAUUGUACAUGUUGACAAAGACUAAACUUAAAGACCCUAAUGAGGUGUUAUUCGAAAGCUCUUGUUCUCAUCUCAUUUAAUUAAUCAAAGUUUUGAGUUUCGGCAGGAAGUGGUUUUAGAGUGUCACCACUGUUUUCUCAGUCAUACCUUUACUUUACUUCAAAACGCUUUUUGCUGACAGCCAUGAUACAAAAAGCGAUCCAAUUUGAAGCGCUUACAAUCUGCCAGAGAAAUAUUUCUGUAUGAAACUUUUUCACGGUCAAGGGAGCAGCAUUUUGAAGAUGCCAUUUAUCAGCGUUGCUCAGUCGGAAUGCUGCAAAUAAUAGACAAUAGUCUUUUGUUGUUUUUUUCAAGCAUGACAACCAAGUUUACAAUGAUUUCACAGAAUAGCCCAAUUGUGUGAUGAAUCAAAAGUAGAGGAUGGGAGUGAAUUUAUUCUUCUGAAAAAUCUAAUGAUAUGACAUACUUUGAAGGGUGAAUCAAGUCAGGAAAAGGUGACAAAGCAGCGAUUGUUUGGCUAACAGUAAGCAUCACCAUGAGUGUGACUAGGGUCCCCACCCCACACACUGUUAUAGAGCUGUUAAUUGCAGGACAAUUGCUAAUCACACCAGAGUCUUGCUUAAUAACGAUAGGUAUUACCAGCUAAAUCAUCAUGUAAAGUACAUUGAUCAGACUGGUUCCCUCCCAAUUUUGUUGCUUUUUUAAUUUAUUUGUUGAGAAAUAUCUAAAGUUCAGCAGCUGCUUUUUUAUGAAACCAGUCUGUUGUUAUUUUGUGUGCUUUGCAUAAAGGUGGCAGCUUUCUUGAGACUUUUGAGGAAACAUGAAUUUAAGAAACAAAAUCUGCAAGAUGUGUAACUUUAAGACGUGUUUCUGUUCACUCCCAGCUGCUAAUCCUUCAACUAUCUAACCAUUCAAUAUCAUCCAUUGUGAUUUUGAAUUAAUUUACUCCUGCAAAAUGAUAUCUUGUGGCAUGGCGUUGUUAGCUGGUAACCUUAUUCUGCUAAGCAUUAAUGUUUUGUGCUUAGCUGCUUAGCUGCUUUUUCUGACGAAGCAGCUCUGUGAAAUUGAGCCCAGAUUCUACACCACACUUUCUUUUCUGCUAUCUACAAAAAGAUAAAGUUAUCUUCAGUAUUAUUGGUAAAUUUUAUUAAAACUAACGAUUGUGUUUGUCUCUGGAAGUUGUCUAAUUUCACUUCAUCUGUUGGAAAGUUUGCAUACAAUGUCUGGAGUGAUGUCCAAAGAUGUUUGCAUGCCUGUAAGACUUACACAUCAAUUCAAAUGUAUUGAUUCAGGAUUGCCACAGAGCCCAUUACCUGUUUCUUUUCUGGUUGAAAUUUUGCUAAAUUUAACUAUUCCCAUAAUCUUCUUUAAUUGUACAAACGUGUAUUUCAACCAAAAGAAUCCAUCUUUGUGUAUAGAGCCAACUCCCAGGUUUAGUUUUUUUUUUUUUUUUUAGCGUGUAAUAAUUAUACUAAGUUAUGUCAACACAAACAAAUAUUUAACUCAUAUAUUAUUUAUACAGAAGAAACUGUUGCCUUAGUUUUGGCUAAAGCUCAAUGACUUAAAUGGAUGUCUUUAAGGUUACACUCUACCCUAACAUUUCUGAACAUAAUUGUGACCUUUGACCUUUGACCUAAAACUGCAUUAUAGGCCAUUAUCAUGCUGCUUGUAUAUAGUGGUCUUGUUCCCAUUACCAGUGUACAGUAUUUGCCUGUAACUGGUGAAGGGAUACCAUGGGGUGUUUUAUCUGGUGUCAGUCUGACAACUUACAUUCUUUAAAGCAACAUACAACAUUAAUAAAUGUUCAAUACCAGUAUCCCCGCUUAUGUAACCUAAACACAAUACAUAAGAUAACAAAAUUGAGUUUAAGUUCACUUGGAUCGGAUUCAAGACAAGAUAGUGAUCCCACAUUAUACUUUUUUUUCGCCGUUUUCAAACAUCAAGAUUUGGACACCAAAGAUCAAACCUAAUUGUGUUAAAACUCGUUUAAACCCAUCUCGUGAAGAUUUUUGCCACCCGAUGAUCAAACAACAUCAGAGGACAAAUUAUGUACAAGCGUCCACAAAUUAUGUCAUGGCUGCGAUCUCUUUUGUGAUUGAUUGAAAAAACAAAGGUACUAAACUUGACAUAACAUCAUGGGUUUGAAGUAUGGUUGUAGGAGGAUGAGGAGGAUGCACCAGACCUAAGUAUACUCGUCAUAUUUUGUUUUUAUCUGGUCAAAUUAGAGUUUUUGUACAUCGUGUGUUGCUAUGGUUUGUAUGCUUCUUUAAUGGGUACCCAACGUCCGUCAUUUUGAAAAAGAAAAAAUCUAACAAAACUAGAAUGAUUGAUGAUCUAAGCUGACAUUUUGCAGGUAACUGAUUGAGUUAAUUAAAACUAUUUUUGAGCAUAAUUUAUUUGCCAUUUGCCAUCAUUCUGCGAAUGAUACAAACAUUAAAAUUGUAGUAAUGUUAUGGCCUGACAUUAUUUUUUAAAGAGGUGAUGGCUGAGACGCCAUUUUCAAAGGAGCACCAUUAAAUGUCUGUAGAUAAAAGAAAA